CUGUUUGUCGAAUAAAUAUAAUGUGGUCACCGUGGAAACACGCGCAGUAACUAAUUCAUACGUUUUUCAUUUGGACACUUGAUUGACAAGGCGCAUGAAAAAUGCAAUCCUUGAUUGGCAGUCCGAAAGAGUCGCACGGAAGACUUUUGUAGUUGACUUCCCGACGCAGUCAUGAGAGCUUUGAUCGUUCUGCUCUUGGCUUCGCAUGCCAUCGCUGGCCCACUAUUAGUAAACGUCAUGUUCGUCAAUGACGAAACAAACGAUGUGGCAACCAGAGCAUUUGAGUCGGUGCUCGCGUACAUCAAACGCAACCCCGAUCUUUACCUAACUGUUGGAAGGGUGGACAACGUCACCGCUAAUGCUACGGACCCUCAAACCUUUCUUGACACACUUUGUAAAUCUUACGAAACGAGCGUUAAGGCUGGAGAACCCCCACAUAUCGUGAUCGACAACACCCUGAGCGGUGACAGCUCAGAGGUGGUCAAGGCCUUCACCAUGUCUCUUGCCCUGCCCACGGUGUCUGGUUCGUAUGGUCAGGAAGGUGACAUAAGACAAUGGAGAGACCUGGACGAGGAGCAGCUCAAAUACUUGAUCCAAGUACAGCCUCCAGGGGAUCUCAUUCCUGAGGCCAUCAGGACGAUUGUCGUAGCUCAGAAUCUGAGCAGUGCUGCGAUAAUAUUUGAUGACUCUUUUGAAAUGGACCACAAAUACAAAAGUCUUUUGCGAAACAUUCCCACUCGGCACAUCAUAGCACCGCUGAGGUCUGACAUAAAAGAGCAGUUGAACAAAAUGCUUGAAGUGGACGUGAAUAACUUUUUUAUCCUGGGCCGCCUGAACACAAUCAAAGACGUCUUGGAAGCUGCAAACACUGGCGAGCUCUUCACACGCAAAUAUGCUUGGCACGCUCUCACGCAGGACAGCGGACCUUUGCGAUGUCCCUGCAACGACGCAACGAUUCUCUUCCUUAAACCGGUCCCCGACGUGAAACUCGCACAAAGGUUGGCUCUUCUCAAGGCGAAAUAUGCUCUUCCUGGCGAACGCGAAAUUACUGCCGCCUUCUACUUCGACCUGACGCUCAGGGCAAUGUUGGCGGUCAGGUCAAUGAUCGAGCGGAGUGACUGGCCGACGGACAUGCAGCAUACCCUUUGCCACGAGUACCGCGAGGACCAGCCCGUCCGCAGGACCAACCUGGACCUGCAGAUGGCAUUUAAGCAAGUGAAGGAGCCGGGCACCUUCGCGAAAAUGCAAGUGGAGCGCAACGGCCGCAGCCACCUGGCGUUCACCCUGCGUCUGGAGAAGGUCUCCGUGGUGGGAGGAAGGCCCUUGGAGGCCGAAGACCUAGGCCAGUGGCCCGCGGGAAUCGAGUCCCAGCUGCUAGUUCGAGAGCCACGCAGUUUGGCCAAUUUGUCCUCCGUCACGGUCUACAGGAUCGUCACAGCGAUUCAACCACCGUUCGUGAUGCACGUGGCAGAGGAGGAUCAGGCCGCCAACGGGGGAAAAAAGUUCCGCGGCUAUUGCAUCGAUCUGCUGGAGGAAAUUCGGCGCAUCAUUGGCUUCGAGUACGAAAUAUAUGAGGCACCAGACCACAAAAUCGGAACGAUGGACGAGCAGGGCAACUGGGACGGCAUGAUCAAAGAGUUGAAAGAGAAGCGAGCUGACGUCGCCCUUGCGGCCCUGCCAGUCACGUCGGAACGAGAAACCGUCAUUGACUUCACCGUGCCCUACUACGACCUGGUUGGUUACAGCAUUUUAAUGAAGAAGCUCAGUUCACCGACGUCCCUGUUCAAAUUUUUGACUGUCCUCGAAACCGACGUCUGGCUUUGCAUCCUCGCCGCAUACUUUAUAACAAGUCUGUUAAUGUGGAUCUUCGACCGUUGGAGCCCGUACAGCUACCAAAACAACCGUGACAAGUACAAGGAUGACGAGGAGAAGCGCGAGUUCAACCUGCGCGAGUGUCUUUGGUUCUGCAUGACGUCCCUUACGCCGCAGGGCGGCGGAGAGGCGCCCAAGAACCUAUCAGGGAGACUGGUGGCCGCUACCUGGUGGCUCUUCGGCUUCAUCAUCAUCGCCUCGUACACGGCAAACCUGGCCGCUUUUCUCACCGUCUCCAGGCUGGACACGCCUGUGGAGUCGCUGGCCGACCUGGCGCAGCAGUACAAAAUCCAGUACGCGCCCCUCAACGGAUCCGACACCAUGAUUUACUUUCUGCGGAUGUCCGGCAUUGAGCAGAGAUUUUAUGAAAUUUGGAAAGAUAUGAGUCUGAAUGACAGCUUGACCGUUUUGGAAAGGGCAAAACUCGCUGUUUGGGACUAUCCGAUUAGUGACAGAUACACUAAAAUGUGGCAAGCUAUGUUGGAGGCUGGCUUGCCUGAAACUCUGGAGGACGCGGUUUUGAGAGUCCAAAAGUCAAAGUCCAGCAGUGAAGGCUUCGCGUUUUUAGGCGAUGCCACUGAUAUUAGGUACAGCGUCCUGACCAACUGCGAUCUCCAAAUGGUCGGCGAGGAGUUUUCGCGCAAGCCGUACGCAAUCGCUGUGCAGCAAGGAUCGCCGCUCAAAGAUCAGUUUAACAACGCGAUCCUGCAACUUUUGAACAAGCGGAAACUAGAGAAGCUGAAGGAAAUUUGGUGGAACCAAAAUCCGGAGAAAAAAAUGUGCGAUCGUCAGGAUGACCAAGCGGACGGCAUUUCCAUUCGUAACAUUGGUGGCGUUUUCAUCGUUAUCGCCGCUGGUAUCGUGCUGGCUAGUUUGGCGCUCGCAUUUGAGUACUGGUGGUACAAAGCAAAGCGUCCGGACCCCAUGAUAAGUCUGCCGCAAGAGUCAAAAGAAUCGAAAAUCCGAUCCAAAUUAGGCAUGCCGUCGACAUCCGGCGUGCCAACAUCCGAUAUUCUGCCUCACGGUCUCAGAUCCCGUGGUGCGAUGGGAACCAACGGUCAAUGGAAUUAAUCGAGAAUAAUUAAUGUCUGGAUUGAGCUAAAUAUGUUUUCAAAAGAUGAUACUCGUAAUUCAUACCCUUUUUACGCCCUAUCUGUAUAUUCUAGCCAAGAUUAUUGAUUUAAUGUGAUUCAUGCAUUUGAUCUUCAACAAUCUUGCAGAGUAACAAAUGAAUCAUUAAAUAUCGAAGGUCGAGUUAUGUAGGCUUCACUGAUUGUGAAUAAAAAUAGCCGUGGUUUGCAAAAA